AUGAUAACCCCAGCGGAAGAACAGAUAAAAUCUGAUAACAAGGGCCUUGCCCUCGAACAAGAUGCUCUAUACUAUACUUAUGCUUCUAAAUGUCCAGAAUGGCAUCGAAAUAUAACCCACCGUCUUCUUCGCAAGGCUCGUCUUGGUACACUUGAAGAAGAUCUCGGUAUGGAAGGCACCGAUUAUAAUCUCGCCACAAGUAUCUUAUUUGUCGGUUAUCUACUGAUGCAACUUCUAUCUAAUCUGCUCCUAACUCGUAUUCGGCCUUCACUAUCUCUAGUCAGUUUUAGAGCGCUUAUCUCGUUUCAUAGGGGUAUGAUUUCCGCUUGCCAAGCAGCUGUUCAGUCAUCCUUGGACUUAUUGCAAUACGGUUCUUUCUUGGAUUUCUCGAAGCGCCUUUUUUCCUAG